CCUCCCCUCCAGCCCAAAAGCAUCCACCGCCGAUCUAGAGCGCUAGGCAUGUCUAGCUGAUGCCGGAGGGAGGCGCGCAUGCGCGGGCCGGCGGGGGUCGCUUCGCGGUUCGGGCGGCCCAUGGCCGGCGGCGGGCGACGAUGACCGACUACAGCGAGGAGCAGCGCAACGAGCUGGAGGCGCUCGAGUCCAUCUACCCGGACUCGUUCACGGUAUUGUCAGAAAAGCCAACAACUUUCACAAUCACUGUGACAUCUGAAGCAGGAGAAAAUGAUGAAACUGUCCAAACAACCCUUAAAUUUACCUAUAGAGAAAAAUAUCCUGAUGAAGCUCCACUGUAUGAAGUUGUCUCACAGGAGAAUCUUGAUGAAAAUGAUGUCACAGACAUAAUAAAACUACUAGAACAACAGGCAGAAGAAAAUUUAGGAAUGGUUAUGAUCUUCACUCUAGUCUCAGCAGUACAGGAGAAACUAAAUGAAAUAGUGGAUCAAAUAAAAACAAGAAGAGAAGAGGAAAAGAAACAGAAAGAAAGAGAAGCAGAAGAAGAAGAGAAACAACGUUUUCAUGGCACUCCUGUUACUAUUGAAAAUUUCCUAAACUGGAAAGCAAAGUUUGAUGCAGAACUUCUAGAAAUAAAAAGGAAAAAAAUGAAAGAAGAAGAACAAGCAGGCAAAAAUAAAUUAAGUGGUAAACAGCUGUUUGAAAUGGAUCACAACCUUGACACCUCUGACAUCCAGUUCUUGGAGGAAGCUGGAAACAGUGUGGAGGUUGAUGAAUCUUUAUUCCAAGAAAUGGAUGAUUUAGAGUUGGAAGAUGAAGAGGAUGACCCUGACUACAACCCUGUUAAUUUAGAUAGUGAUUAGACUCUUUUGAACUGUUUCUGUCAUCAGCAUGGACAUAUGUGAGGAGAGAUGAGCAGGCAGGAAAUCCACAGCAUCUGUGGUUUUAGUAAUGUGUAUUGUGGGGGUUUUUUCCUUUUUCUUUUUUUCCAAAGAAAAAAGACAAAAUAUUUUAAAUCAAGGAGAGUGAUAUUCUGAUGACUUUCUUAGUAAAUAAAUUUACUAUAAUAUUUCAAAUGAAAAAUCUGAGGAAUAUUGAUCUGUCUGAAAAUGCUAUCCUAUUUUCACUUAUUUUUCCUUCUCACUUCUGUAAUUGCCCUUUGAGGAGAUGUGACAAUGAACGAGAUGGAAAGAUGCUAUAGCAAGCACUAAACACACCUGCAUCUGGUGGCUGAGCAGCUGUUCUUCUAUUUUCCACUUGGGAUAUACAUGGGCAGCUUUGGUGAAUAAAAGGGAUGACAUACUAUGCAGUUAUAUAUAUAUAUAUAUAUUUUUUUUUUUUUUUUAAUUUUUUUUUUUCCGUGGAAUUUUCUAACACUUCAAGUCAGUUCUGGUGCCCCAACCUAUCAGCUGUAGAUAGACUGCACUAGUCACCUUUUAUCAAGGCACAGCCUUAUUAAAGUUUAAUGAAAACCAUUUUAAUACUACUGAAGUAAAAUCUUUUGCUGUAGUUGAGAAUGGUAGUUUCAAAAUUACUAGUUCAAGUCUGUAGGAAAAAAUCAGAAUGAGAAAGUCUUCUGAAAAGGUUUGGUUGGUUGUUCAGAGAGGGUUGUUGGUGUUUGUUUUGUGUUUGUUUGUUUGUUUUUUUUAACUUGUGCAACAAUUAACUUCCAUGAGGGGCAGAAAUAAAAAUAAUAAUAAUUAAAAAAAAAAACUAGGAAAUUUAAUUUGCCUUUGGGAACAAACUAUGUGAAAAUACUGUCAAUGGAGUUCAGGUUACAGUACCAGGAUUUAUAGAGUGCUUAUAGGUUUGAAUGCAAUGGGUGUUGUUUUAGAAGCAUCUUGCUGGCAGCCUAGAAAGGUCAGCACAAUGUACAGUAAAGCUACACAUCAGCUAGUGGAUGUUAACCAUCCCACAGAAUUGCAUAUGAAGCUAGCAGCUUGAUGUUAGACGAUUCCUCCCUUCCCACCUCCAAAAAAACGCCAAAACACCACAAGAACUGUGGUGGUUGAACAUACUGUGUUUGAGGCUGCAUCAGCUGGAAGGGUGAGGGUAUAGACAAAGGUUUCAAAUGAGAGCUCUCCAACUAGAGAACCACCAGGCACCUUGAUGAUUAAACACUGUGUGCUGAAUUUUAAAAUACUGUUAGUAGACUGCCUUAACUGUGCCAGCUUCAACCUCUGAAGAGGGCUGCACUGAAGUAUCACAGUGCUUAGAGGAAUAAUAAAUUUAUGAACUUUAACAUUUGGAAAUUCCAUAUUCAAAAUGAGAAACUUAAUUCUGAAAAUAAUAACGUAUAAGAUUCUCUGCUCAUACCACUCGAGAACAUCUGUUUAGGAUGAUCUCCUUUAACAUGCUUCAGUAGUCUUUUUGUAUUCAAGCUGAACAAAUUUCUAGUAGAUAGAAAUAAAUGUUCAAGUACCCUAUAAAUACUUUUAUAAAUUAACCACGUGCCUUUGUUCCUACUGUCCUCUAUUUGAUCUUUUUAAUUUUGGCUAAGAACUCUUGACAAGCAUCUAGGUUUCACUGAUAAUGUUAUGUUUCAAAGCAAUAAGCAGGAUCUGUGUUCCAGCAGUUACCAAAUAUAUUAAGAAAUUGUGAGCUAAUGUGAUAUUAAGUCUGACUUUUCCAAAGAUAUGGUUGGAUUGAAAGCUUCACAGUGACUACAUCCAGCUUCCUGUGUAAUUGCUGGGAUGCUUUAAAAUGCUCUUCAGCACUGAACUUAAUUUGCUUCUGGUAUGUCUCGAUUCAGCUGCAUUUAAAAAGAAAGAUGACUCCUAAGACUUUCAAUUUUCAGCUAUGUAUGUUUAAAACUGGCAUUUUUUUCAAAAGAGGAGCAAGUUCUCUUUAAAUCUAGACUGAAUCCAAGAAUGCUGUGUAGUCCAUGCAAAAUGUUGUAAUCUGAGAAAAUUUUCCAAGUGGGUCACUUGUAAGAAUCAGCUAUGUAUGAAAAAAGUUUCUCAAUGAUAUUUCUAGAUCAAUGAGAUUUUUUUUUUGGUCUGUUUUCACGCUAAUGUAUUUAUUAGUUUUCAUGCAAAGGAUCUAUAGCUUAAAAAUGUUAAAACAAUGUCAAACAAGUUAAAAUGUGAAAAUGUAUUUUUACUCUAACAUCUUAUAUCUCAAAGCAGAAGAAAUAAUAAGGGUUGAAGUGACAAAAAGUUGUAUAAAGUCUGUUCCUCCAAGUCUGUGGAACAGAUUUCAGUGACUCAGUCUGAGCUUCAGCUUCAUUUACCUUUGUUAGUAAUUAACAUCUGUGAAAUAAAAGGGAAUUUGACUGAGAGUAAGCUUGGCUAUGUUUAUGUCCUGGAGUUUGCUGAAAUGGACUGAAUAAAGGGGAUUUUUUGUGGAAGAA